UUCUUAUCUGAUAUUCCGAAUCCGAACACAAGAGCUUUCGUACAUAAGAGUGUCACUCGGAAAAAAUACAGUACACGCUACGAUUCACAAAAUCCCGCAUAAAACCACCACAUAAUCCUGCACCGUUGACGCGCGUAUCAUCAGAGGAAACGAAAACAUCAAAUAACACGAAAUCCAAAAUCAAGAGUCCAUUCGAGAGAAAAGAGAGAUGAUCCAGAGAUCCGUGAGAAGGUGUGAAGGUACGGCGAUGGGAGCCAUCGUGAUUGAUCUUCGUCCAGGCGCUGGAAUUGGUCCUUUUAAUCUAGGGAUGCCAAUUUCAGAAGCAUUUGCACAGAUUGAGCAGCGGCCGAAUAUAUAUGAUGUAGUUCAUGUGAAGUAUCUUGAGGAGGAACCGCUGAAGUUGGAUAUUGUUAUUAGCUUUCCUGAUCACGGUUUUCAUCUACGAUUUGAUCCAUGGUCACAGAGGCUGCGGCUGAUUGAAGUUUUUGAUGUCAAAAGGCUUCAAAUGCGAUAUGCUAAAUCUCUUAUUGGUGGACCUUCCACUUUGGCUACUUUCGUAGCUGUAUAUGCACUGUUUGGGCCAACAUUUCCUGGAACUUAUGACAAAGAUAGAGGAGUUUACUCUCUAUUCUAUCCGGGACUAUCCUUUGCCUUUCCUAUACCGUUGCAGUAUACAGAUUGUUGCCAUGAUGGAGAAGCGGAGUUGCCUCUUGAGUUUCCUGAUGGGACUACUCCAGUUACAUCGCGUGUCUCCAUAUAUGACAAAUCUUCAGAGAGUAAAGUCGGGGUCGGAGCCCUUAUGACGAAAGCUUUAGCUCCACCACUGCCUGCUGGCAGUCUCUACAUGGAAGAAGUCCAUGCUAAGCUCGGAGAAGAGUUAUGGUUCACCGUGGGUGGUCAACAUAUUCCUUUUGGUGCAUCACCUCAGGACGUGUGGACUGAAUUAGGUCGUCCUUGUGGAAUACACCAAAAGCAGGUUGAUCAGAUGGUAAUUCAUUCAGCUUCAGACCCACGCCCUCGCACAACUCUUUGUGGUGAUUACUUUUACAAUUAUUUCACUCGUGGCGUGGACAUAUUAUUCGAUGGACAGACUCAUAAAAUCAAGAAGUUCGUUUUGCAUACGAACUACCCAGGACAUGCAGAUUUCAACUCUUAUAUGAAAUGCAACUUUGUUAUCUAUGAUUCAGAUGUUGGAGGACCAUUUCAAGACUCCAAUACCAUUAGUACGAAGCAUUGCAUCACCCCAAGCACAAAAUGGGAGCAAGUAAAGGAUGUCCUCGGGGAUUCGGGGCGAGCUGCAAUCCAAACCCAAGGAUCCACGAGCAAUCCCUUUGGAUCGACUUUUGUAUAUGGUUACCAAAAUGUUGCUUUUGAGGUGAUGAAAAAUGGCUAUAUUGCCACUGUGACUCUCUUUAAGCUGUAGAUAUAUUCAAUUAGGUACGCGCUUUUGCUUGCCUCUAACACUCAAUCUCUUGGGAAUUUGGAAAUCAACCUCCUGUGCUCUUGAGUUUAUCUUAGUAGUCACAUGUUGGGAGCUUACACUGCUUAGCGUUUCACAGGGGUGAUUCCUUUUGUACAGACAAUUUAUGUUUUACCAUUUUAUGCUUCUGCUAAUCGUCGAGGUUAGUUGUUUAAACACCAAUGGGCUUGUAUAGUGUUAUAUUCGAAAUACUAUGUACAGUUGUUGGAUACUAUGUUAUUUGUUUAGAAUGAAAAUGUUAUUUUUCUGUUGCUCUCAGCA